AUGUCGUUCGGUUUUAGUGUCGGCGACUUCGCUGGUACCCUACAGCUUGCCUGGACUCUCUAUACAAAAUGCUACAAAAUUGCCAAAGGCGCACCCAAAGACUUCAAAUGCCUGAUAGAGGAGAUCAACAUGCUGCAUAGCUCCAUCAAGCUACUUCAAGACGAAGCCACUGACAAGGAAUCCAUCUUGGUGCGCGCUGGAGCCGAUCGUGUUGACAUGGUGAAGAGAGUAGUGGGCCAGGUUGAUGUAACACUCAGGGAGUUGGAAAAACAUUCAAAGAAAUACGAUAGCUUGGGCAAAGAGCAUUCAAGCAGUAUAAGGAAGUGGUGGACCGGUGUGCGGUGGUCUGCAGAGGCUUCGGAACUGGAUGCAUUACGCAAUAAGCUGGUCUAUCAUAAUGGGGUCAUCAGUCUACUCCUGACCUCGUGCGGCAACUCUUCCCUGCAGCGUAUAGAGACAAUAACCUCGAAAGUUGAAAAGGGGGUUAAUGAUAUCAAAGACAUGAUUCGAACUCCCGCAGUCGGAGCACCCACACUCUCAGCUAUACAAGGCGACAGACUUUUUUCAAUAUCCUUAAGUGAAACUUUGAUGAAAAGUGCAGAAAUUGGGCGAAAAUGGAGUGCCAUCGGGGUUGAUGAGUGGAUUCAAGCGGGGAGUUGGUGGCUAUUAAAGUCGCAAAUGGAUCUCUACACUGGGUUACCAUCAGAGCGCAAGAUAACUUGGCAAGGAUAUGCAAACCUCAUCAAGGCAGCCUGGAUCUUGAUAGAUAUCAUUACUAGACAUCCACAACUAGACUUUCUGGAGACAAGUACCGCAUACGGUGUAGAGCUACUAGUAGAGACAAUACGAAGAGAGCUUGAAAAUAUUAAUAAGUCAGGCCUCGCGAGACCAACGCUUGCAGAGUUGGUGAGGGAUGUGGCCCCGUAUCCUAAUAAAAAUGUUAUGCAAAUCAAAGAUCAAAAAGUACUAUUCUCAACAACCCAAGAUGUGCAGCACCUAUGCGCGAUUACGGAAGCUGCUAAGGAAUACUUGUUCUGUUGCAAGUUCAAAGAGAACGACCCGGAGAUCCUGCGAUCGUUUACUCUGCUCUUUUCUAUCAAGAACAAUUAUGGAGGAGUGGUCAGGCGACUACUUGAAGAUGAAGAGGUUUAUACAGAGGCAGAAAAACUCAGAGAAAAUACAAGGGCGAAAUACUCUACCAGAUUACUACUUGAGGCGAAAGAAUUGGCAAAAUUGACGAAUCAAUCCAUUUUAAUGGAUGAGCACAGAGAAAAAAGCACUUCGAAGAACUUAUCUUCAAUUAAUGAAGUAAUCAAUCAAUCAAUCAAGAACUUAUCUUUAUUUGUUUGGUGUACGAGGAAUGAAUACGAUGCAGUGGCACUCCUUUUGUGCGAGGGGAAGGGCAUACCGAUAGGCGAUCGCGAGGAAGAUUUAAUUAUGUGCCGGCCAUCACCUCUACACAAUGCCGUGCUUAACAAGAAUUUAGAGUUGAUAAAACUCUUUUCUUUCGAAGAUGGGUUUGAUAUAGACGCACGUGAUGAUUCAAUAGGGAGUCAUGGUCGUUCCACAGCACUAGAGAUAGCAAGUGAAAUUGGAUUCAUCGCAGCAGUAAACAUCUUACUCGAGGCCGGCGCCGAUUCGCACAGAACUAGUUACCAGGCAUUAUUUUAUGCAGCGUGUAGCGGCCACCUAGACGUGGUCAACAGGCUCCUCGAGGCCGGGGCCGAUGUCAAUGCAGGUCAAUCCCAGGCAUUGCGUACAGCAGCGGAAAGAGGCCGCCUAGACGUAGUCAACAGGCUCCUCGAGGCCGGGGCCGAUGUCAAUGCAGGUGAAUCCCCGGCAUUAUCCGAAGCGGCGUGGAAUGGCCACCUAGACGUGGUCAACAGGCUCCUGGAGGCCGGGGCCGAUGUCAAUUCAGAGAACUGCUUGCCAUUAUUUAAUGCAGUCCGCAGGAAUUAUUUUGUUAUAGCAGCCAAACUUCUCAAAGCGGGUGCCAAUAUUCAAUCCCUCCCUGAGUGUGAAAGGGAGAAACUCGAGUCUUGGAUGCGUAACAAUGAUAUUUCUAUAUCUUAA